AUGUCUUCCGCCAACGUGCUCGCCGCUCGGGAUGUCAACACGUCGAUGCCCGCUCACGGCCAAAACCACACCGAGACCGACGGGAACACCAAGCCUGAUGUUAUGAGCAUGGAGCACCACCGUCAGGUCUUCCAGUCCAAGAUGGAGCAGGGCGAGAACAAAACCUUCAUCUCCCCCUCGGACACCAUCAUGAGCCCUUGCACCGCCAAGCUGUCAGCGUUCCGCAACAAGCAGGUCGGCAAGGGCAAGCCGAAAUCACUCUUCGCUCGUGCGUCAGCUAAGAAACUCGGCGCGGAUGGCGGCAGCAAUGGUGGCCCGCUCUUUGCCAGCAAGCCCGCGACGACGGCACAGCACGACAACCCCUUCGCCAACUAA